AAUAGAUUCAGCGUGGUGGAAACGAGUCAAAAUCCAUGAGGAGAAACUUUUAGGGGAGGCAAAUCCUCUUUACCAAACCAUCACCACCACAGUUUCAUCCCAUUAUUCUUCUCUCCGAUUUCUCCAUUUUUCUCUCUUUUACUUUUUCUGAAGUCAAAAUUUUCUCUGCUCAAUUCCACUACUAGAGGAAAUUUUCCCCUCUAGCAUUGAUCCCGUUUCAUUUCCCUCAUCUCUCACCCUUUUAUGUGCAUGUAUGUCUGUGUCUCUGAACCUUCCUGCCUGAGAUUGUAGAUCUUGGUGUCGGUGGUGGGCGAUCGGAGUUCAUGUCUCCCUCGAAUGGUUUGCAGAACGGAGAGGCCGUUGGUGGUGGGCUCAAUUAUAUAGAGCACCGGGUUUCCAAAUUUGACACUCUUGCCGGUGUGGCCAUCAAGUAUGGCGUUGAGGUAGCUGACAUUAAAAGGAUGAAUGGGCUAGCCACGGAUCUUCAAAUGUUUGCAAUGAAGGUAUUGCGGAUUCCAUUACCAGGACGACAUCUGCCAUCAUCUAGUCAACCUAAUGGAUCUGCCAAGUUCGGGGAUGAUCGCCCAGACAGGAGACCUCCUCAUAUAGGUCAAUCGGGUAUGCAGGAAGCUUUCCAGUCUCUGAGACUGAAAGCUCCCCGACAGAGCAUGUCACCAACAAUGACCACCUUACAGCAAUAUUAUGGGCUCAAAUCUUUAAAUCCCAGGGGUACAUCUGAAGGAACAGAAAUGGCAGUAUAUUCAUCUACUGGUUCAAAUUAUUUCAGAGAGGAUUGGCUUCCCAAAGCCUCGCCAAUGUCAGAUAUGCCACCUGGUUUACUCACUGGGAACAGUGCAGUGCCUGAGUAUGUACCUCUUGUAGAAAUUGGGGAUGGAGGAGGUGAUAAGUCAGAUGAGAAAUCUGUCCGCAGACGACAGAAACCUGAAGUUGAUAGUGGAGCUGGUACCCCGGAAAAGCUAUGGAAAGAAGAAAACACUGGUGGGACCAGUGGUUUCUCUCCUUCAACAGGGAAAGGCUUAGCCAUGAGGCCAAAAUCAGCUAGCCGAAAUCUGCUACAUUCUGAGUCAGAGUCAGGAUCCUUAGAUUCAAUUCCAAUAGGGCUGGGAGAAUCUAUAAUGAUUGAUGGACUUUCUACUGUGCAUAAAUCUUCAAGUACAUCAAGCUUUAAGGAGCAGGAAAAGAAUAACUCAGCAACAGUCUGGCCAACUGGAUGGAGUUUGAAACCAGACUUGCAAGCUCUUUCAACUGCAUCUAUCGCCAAACCUAUCUUUGAUGGCUUACCUAUACCGAUAACUGGUCGCAGGAGCAAAGCUGCCCUUGAUUAGGGUAAUCCAUUCCCAUUCUUUGAGCCAAUUUAUUUUUUGACACUACAUAAAGGUAAGGGGGAAAAAAACUACAAGAUGUAUUCCUUCUGUUGAUCAAGCUUGAAGAGAGAAAAGAAAAAAAAAUCAAAAUACAGGGUUAGAAUAUUUAUUUCAGGCAUAGGAUAACAAGGGGUGGAUGGAUCAUGGUGUCGUCCCCAAAAAGUAUUAAAAAUGUGCAGGACAUGGAGCUGGGGAAAUUUCCAUGACAAAAGGCUGCAACUAGUUUCUGGCAAAUGUAGCAAUGAUAUGAGUGUAGUCCAUCCUUUAUUGGUAGUUCAGUUAUAUAUGAAAGUCCAAAAUGAAUUUUUAAAUAGAUGGAAUCAAGUUAAAUGUCAUUUUGUCCACUUCAUCAUUCUUAUUGGAAAUGUGUAUCUAUUAUGAUUUAUUUUUUGAGACCUUUUAUAUUUGGAACCAUGUGGCCUCGGUUUCCAUUUUUGUUAUUACAAUUGCUACUAUGGAAUCUGAUUCUGAUCUAUAAAUUUUAAUAUUCAGAUUGCAAUCUUUUCAUCUGCCUUGCAAGGCAGUGGCCUA